AUGAGCGACGUGUCCGUCCGCUUCGUGGUGGCGGCCGUGGCGGUGGCCGCCAUCUCGCUAGCCGCCGCCGUGUCCGCCGCGUCGGCCGCGCACGACUACGGCGAUGCGCUGCACAAGAGCCUGCUCUACUUCGAGGCGCAGCGGUCGGGGAGGCUGCCGUACAACCAGCGCGUCCGGUGGCGGGGCCACUCGGGGCUGAUGGACGGGCUGGAGCAAGGCGUGGACCUGGUGGGCGGGUACUACGACGCCGGCGACCACGUGAAGUUCGGCCUGCCCAUGGCGUUCACCGUCACGCUUCUCUCCUGGGGCAUCCUCGAGUACGGCGGCGGCGUGGCGGACGCGGGGGAGCUGGCGCACGCGCUGCAGGCCAUCAAGUGGGGCACCGACUACUUCCUGAAGGCGCACACGGCGCCCACCGAGCUGUGGGCGCAAGUGGGGGACGGCGAGUCCGACCACUACUGCUGGCAGCGGCCCGAGGACAUGACCACGUCGCGGCGGGCCUACAAGGUGGACGCGGACCACCCGGGGUCCGAGGUCGCCGCCGAGACUGCUGCCGCCAUGGCCGCCGCGUCCGCCGUGUUCCGAGCCGCCGGGGACGCGCACUACGCGCACCUGCUGCUCCACCACGCGCAGCAGCUGUUCGAGUUCGCCGACACCUACCGGGGACGCUACGACGACAGCGUCGACGUGGUCAAGAGCUACUACCCGUCCUCCAGCGGGUACCAGGACGAGCUGCUGUGGGCGGCGCUCUGGCUGCACCGCGCCACCGGCCGCCGCGACUACCUCCGCUACGCCCUCGACAACGCCGAGGCGUUCGGCGGCACCGGAUGGGCCGUCUCCGAGUUCAGCUGGGACAUCAAGUACGCCGGACUCCAGGUCCUCGCAUCCCAGCUGCUGGUGGAGGCCAAGGAGCAGCGGCUGCGGCUGAGCGCGGAGGAGGUGGCGGUGGUGGAGCAGCUGCGGUCCAAGGCGGAGUACUACGUGUGCUCGUGCAUGAACCGGAACCCCGGCGGCGCGAAGCACAACGCCGGCCGCACCCCGGCGGGGCUGCUCUUCAUCCGCCCCUGGAACAACCUCCAGUACGUCUCCGGCGCGGCCUUCCUCCUCACCGUCUAUUCGGACGUCCUCUCCUCCCUGGGCCAGCCCCUCCGCUGCGGCGGCUCUGGCGACGACGACGGCGAGCCCGCCGCCAGGUCCGCGGCCGGCGACGCCGGCGAGGUGCUGGCGUUCGCCAAGUCCCAGGCCGACUACAUCCUGGGCACGAACCCGAUGCGCACCAGCUACCUGGUCGGGUACGGCGCGGCGUACCCGCGGCAGGUGCACCACCGCGCGGCGUCGAGCGCGUCGUACAGUCACGACCGGGACUUCAUCGGCUGCCUGCAGGGGUUCGACUCGUGGUACAGCGCGCGGCGGGAGAACCCGCACGACCUCGUCGGCGCUGUCGUCGGCGGGCCCAACGGCGAGGACGUCUUCAACGACCACCGCGGCGCGUACAUGCAGACCGAGGCCUGCACGUACAACACGGGGCCCAUGGUCGGGGUCUUCUCCAAGCUCAUGCAGCUGGAGGGGCAGUCGCCACGGCUGGAGGUGGCCGCGGCGGCGGCGACAAAAGCGCCGGCGGAGGAUCUUUGA